GAACAAAAGCAGCCACAUAUUUUCAGGGCAGCAACACAUCAUCAUCUCCUGUCUCUGGGUUUACAGUUCCUCUAAUACAGAAACAUGUAACUGAAACCGAGGAGAGUUUUGCGAUCUGAAGGCUUGUGUGGAGUAGUAGCUUGUCAGAAGCAACGCUGUUAUUUCCCUGCCCUUGUUUGUGAAUACUGCAGCUAAGCUAGCUCGGAGGUUAGCUCUUUUUUCUAACCUGCUCUAACCCGGGAUAAUCAGCCGGUGUUUGCCUGUCUUUAGUUACCCGACACCUCUCUUUCAGCCUGCCCGCUGCUGAUCAUCCGGUAAACUAGAACCAUAACGACAAGGAUCAAGAAAACUCCACCAAAACAAUCGUGUUCCUGCAAAAAGCCAAAGUCCCUAAUGUGUAGUGAUGGGGAGUCUGAGCAGUAGGUUCCAGGCCCCGUCUCCGGGACAAGAGGAGGCUGCUGAGGGAAUAAGUACCAGCCAUAAGCAUGGGUGUGAUUGUAAGAAAAGGAAACGAAAUGCCCAGUGUGACUGUGACAGUGAACAAGAGGAGGACGAUGCCAUUUUAGAUACACCUCGCAGGAAGAAAUUGAAAAGCACAUCCCGUUACAUUUAUCAGACUUUGUUUCUGAAUGGAGAAAACAGCGACAUUCGCAUCUGUGCUCUGGGACAGGAGUGGAACCUCCACAAAGUGUAUCUGUGCCAGUCAGGGUAUUUCUCCAGCAUGUUCAGUGGUUCUUGGAAAGAGUCCAACAUGAUGGAAAUCAACUUGGAGAUCCCUGAUCAGAACAUCGACACUGAAGCUCUACAAGUCGUGUUUGGAUCGUUGUACCGGGAUGAUGUUCUUAUCAAGCCCAGCAGAGUUGUCAGUAUUCUCGCCGCUGCUUGUAUGCUACAGCUGGAUGGCUUGAUCCAGCAGUGUGGCGAGACCAUGAAGGAAAACAUCAGUGCCAAGACUGUGUGUGGCUUCUAUGCUUGUGCCAGCAUCUAUGGCUUGGACUUAGUCAUGAAAAAGUGUCUUGAGUGGCUUCUAAACAACCUGAUGACCCACCAAAAUGUCGACCUGAUGAAAGAACUUGGGGCAGAGAUAAUGGAGCAGCUGAUCCAGUCCUCGGACCUGUUUGUUAUGCAGGUAGAGAUGGAUGUGUACACUGCUCUGAAAAAGUGGAUGUUUCUGCAGCUCAAUCCGUCCUGGGACGGCCCGAUCAAGCAGCUUCUGGCUGACGCUGACGCCUGGCUUUGCAAACGCAGGACAGACCUGUGUGAGCAAGAGCCCUUCCUGAACACAGAAGAGGGUGAAUCUUUUUGUUCAGUGUUCAAAUAUGUCCGUCUCCAGUACAUCAUCAAUGAUCUCGCAUCUGCACGCAUCCUGGAGAGAGACAAUAUUUUGCCCCCUGAUUGGCUAACGUCAGUGUACAAAAACCAGUGGUUCGCUAUGCUCCGGACAGAAUUUGACAAUGAUAAUGGUCCCCAGGAAGCAAACAAAGAUGAAUUUGAGCUGAGCAGCAUGAGGUGUGGCAGGAAACUCACUAAAGAUGGAGAUUACUGCUGGCGCUGGACAGGCUUUAACUUUGGUUUUGAUCUGCUGGUGACCUACACAAACCGCUUCAUAGUCUUCAAAAGAAACACUCUGAGUCAGCCAUGUGGGGGCGCUGUGAGUCUGCAGGCUCGAAGGCAUCUGGCAUUCAGGUUGCGUCUUGCCUCCUUCGAUAGCCGUGGAAAGUUGGUGUGCAGUCGCUCAACAGGAUACCAGCUCCUCACCCUUGAGAAAGACCAGGAGUACGUGGUGAUGAACCUGGACAGCCGGUUGUUGACAUUCCCCCUCUACGUGUGCUGUAACUUCCUGUAUACAUCGCCUCAUUCUGACCCACGUCCAGACUCCACAGAACAGGAAAGCUCUACCCGCAUCGUGUCCUGAUGCACGUUCAGCCGCCAUUAACUUGCAACUAUCCCUCUGGGAACGCUGAGACACUGACACAUGCUUGUACGUACAAUCCACCGCCACAUUUUCCAUCAGCUGUCAUUGGACAUACCAUCUGCAUGCUUGUGUUACACAGUGAGAUGUAUGGGGUACAUUUUUUCCAUCCGUGUUUUGGCACAUAGAGAGUUUGCUUCACAUACAUGGGGUUUCCAGGGUUAUGGAGAUAAUGGCCAGGAGGUGUCAGACCAUCUUUGUAUUCAGAGCAGCUUCAAACUUUGGACCUCUGCCAUGAACUGAGUGCACUGGGAUGACAGACUACCCCCAAAUCACUCAUCUUAAUGGAACCCCCUUAAUUUAUCCAUGUAGGGGCAUUAUCAUCCUACAAUUUGGGAACAUCAUGAGGGGAAAUCUCCAGAGGGUGAAACUGGACUUUUACUGACGUGUGUGGGAUGUUUCACGUGUUGCUCGUAUGUAUGUAUGUACAUUUUUGUGUGUUGGCCUUAUCUACAGUUUUUACUUGGAUGACCGAUCAAUGACAAAAAACUUUAAAGAUAUGUUACUGUGUAAUUUUGAUUAGGUCAAUAUUGGUUGGGAAAUGUUUGAUAUCUUUUA